UAUCGAACGUCCUACAUCUUCCGGAUGUGCCACUUACGCCGUUGGUGUAUGGUUUCACUGGGUCCUCUCUCUCCUCACCUUCCAUUCAAAGUUUGAAACGCGAACAAGCUUUCGCUCAUUUUCUUACGUGGCCGGGCCACGGGAAAAGCCCCAUGACGUGUUCUCUCUCUUUCAGCACAAGGUUGUUCCAGACAAAUACAUGGCACCGCCAUGACCUAGAAGCAUAUAACUCUCUCUCUCGCACUGUAACAUGGAUUGAAUUUGUUUUUUCAGAUACUCUCUCUCACUACGUACUCAUUGGGAUUCCCUCUCUCUCGUUAUAUAUUUUUUUUAGUGAAUUGCAUUGGCUUUCCGAAUAGAGACAAUUUGUAUCUGUUUGUCUUUUCAAUGCAAUUUGUUGGUUGAGGUUGGUUAAGGACAGGGAUAUGUUGAACGAUCAGGUUGCUUUCCUGUUGCAAAAGUACCUUGUCAAUUAUGUCAGGAGCCUUUCGAAGGAAGAUCUUAAAAGCCGCGUUUGGAAGGGUGAUGUUGAGUUGACAAAUAUGCAGUUGAAGCCGGAAGCUCUGAAUGCCUUGAAGCUCCUGUAAAAGUCAAGGCUGGAUUUCUUGGGUCUGUCAAGAUCAAGGUCCCAUGGAGCAUGCUUGGUCAAGAGCCCGUUUUAGUUUAUUUGGACCACAUUUUCUUAACUGUUGAACCUGCAACUCAAGUCGAGGGACGUACAGAGGAUGCUGCCCAAGAUGUUAAGAAAAACAGAGUGCGAGAACUGGAACUGAAGCUUUUGGAGGCCUUGCAACGGCAGAAAACAGAAGUGAAUACCUCAUGGCUUGGUUCUUUGAUCAACACCAUAAUUGGAAACUUGAAGCUUUCCGUUACCUAUAUUCACAUUAGAUAUGAGGAUCUGGAAAGCAAUCCAGGUCAUCCAUUUGCAGCGGGAGUAACUUUGGCGAAGCUUUCAGCUGUCACUGUGGAUGAUAGCGGGAAAGAAACUUUGUUACUGGUGGUGCACUUGAUGAUAUUCAAAAGUCUGUGGAGCUUGACCGCCUAGCCGUGUAUCUUGAUUGUGAUAUUCAUCCGUGGGAGAAUUUGCUUCCUAAUGAGUGGAGUGAAAUCUUUGAAUGUGCAAGCAGCCCUUCGACUAAUGUGCUUGCAAAAGGUCACAGUUAUAUCUUACAACCUGUGUCGGGCAAUGCGAAGUAUACCAAGCUGAGGCUUGAUGAAUCCCCGAGUCUUGAUCAACCCUUACAGAGAGCAACAGUGAAGUUGGAUGAUGUCACAUUAUGCUCAUCCAAGGUUCCUCUCUCUUUUGGCUAUUCUUCUUUCUCAGACUGGGAGGCUUUACUUGCCUAUUGGACUUCCUGAACGUAACACACUUUACUCUACCCAGGAUGAAUACAGGGACAUAGUGAAGCUUGCUGAAAACUUUGCUACAUUUAAUCAAUGUCUGACAUAUUCUCAUUAUCGACCACAUGUUGGAGUGAGAUCAAAUCCCAGGUUAUGGUGGAAAUAUGCUUAUAAAGUCAUUUCUGAUCAGAUAAAAAAGGCCAGGUUGUGUAUCCUUUUUCCUUUAAUGUCUCUACCUUUUCUCACAUUUUAAGUCUUAUAUCUACAGGACUAGUAAUUUUCAAAGAAAAGAAUAAGGAAAUAUUUUCAUGAUUGAUGCAUAUAGGAUGUUCAUUUGGCUUUAAAAUAAACUGACUCAAUAGUGCAAUUAACAACAUGUGCUUCAGCAAGUGAUUUAUUCCUAUUAAAAUUAAAAUGUAAACCUCAUGCCAUUCUAGUUUUAGAUAAACUAUUUUGAACAUCCUAUGGAGGAUCUUUUAGUUUCUUUUAGGUACAAAUUUUGACCAUUUUACUAAGGAUUUAUAGGAGGUGAGCACAUGCUUUUCGAUGUGGCCCACGCUUUUCAAUGCGGCAAAAUUAACAACAAGUGCUUCAGCAAGUGAUUUAUUCCUAUUAAAAUUAAAAUAUAAACCUCAUGCCAUUCUAGUUUUAGAUACACCAUUUGAACAUCCUAUGGAGGAUCUUUUAGUUUCUUUUAGGUACAAAUUUUGAACAUUUUACUAGGAUUUAUAGGAGGUGAGCACAUGCUUUUCCAUGUGGCCCAUGCUUUUCAAUGCGGCAAAUUUCUUCACUCCUGUGUUGUUGCAGCAUAACGAAUAACUCUUAAAACCAUAAAGGCCUGUUUUUAUGACAGUUUUAUCAAGAGUCGAGUAUUUUGUAUAAAAUUAUCAUAAUCUGCAUAAUACUAGUUCAGUAGUUUUUUGUUAGGUACCCACAUUCUGUAUAAUAUUAUUUGGUUAGUUCGGUACCUGGCAUAAAACUUUGUAUAUUGAAAAUCAGUCAUGGCCCUAACCCCCCUUAAAGUUCCUUCUUCUGCAUUCGAUACUUUACACUCUCUUUAAAGUUCAUCUCUUUUGCACUAACUGCUGAUCUUCAUUUCUUUCUGCAUCAAAUAACCCCAUCUACCUUUAAAACCCCACAAAAGACCCCAAUUUCUCCCACAAACUCAGCUCUUCUCCCCAGUUUCCAUCUCUUCAAUAUCUUCCCCUGUAUGUAUCGUCUUGAAUUUUUCCCUGCGAUACAGAUUUAGGGAAGCUAAACCCCUGUUUUGAGAAGGGAUUUGGGUUAGUCUAUCGGCUAAAGUGACCAUUUUUGCGGGUUUCCUGCUCUUUUUGUGAGAUGGGUUUCCUGUGUUCUUUGUGGAUUCUACACUGUAAUUGUGAUGAAUUCAGAGCUAGAAUAAGAAAGAUGCUGUUUAGGUUCGGACGACUUACCUAUCCUCGCCACCUCCACCGUUGUCACAAACCACCACCAACAGCAGGACAUUUAACACCAUUACCAUCACACGUUCCAUCACCAGCAUCACAGCCUUUCACCACCAAAAUACCAGCCUCAGUCAUUCAUGGUCGAUCACCAUCACGGCCUCCCAUUUCCGCGGUCACCAAAUCCCUCAGUAAAUCACAAGCAACCAACUCAGCCAUGGCUGAACUUCGGGCUAGACAUGCCCUGCAAGAACAGACCGAACUAGAGAAAACUCCAACGUAUGCUUGGAAAUCCUCCUUGUGAAUAGUUGCAGGCUAGAAACUCAAUCUUGGAUUCAAUCUGGCCCCAUUCCCCCUGGAAAAAGGGUUGAAGACAAAGUGGUUGUAAGUCUUCCGCUGCCAGGAUCUCGAGGAAGACAUCAAAGGGUUCGACUGCUGCCUGGUCGACUACUACAGUGCACCAGGAGCUCCAUGCAGUGUUAUAAUAGAGAAAAUCAAGGCCAUCUUGAAUUUGUGGGCACCCAUCCAAGCAGUCUGUGAGGAAACAACCAGCUUGUCAUAUGACUUGGGAGCAAAUAAUUUUCUAAGGGACAUUUCCAAACAACAAAAGAGUUUUUACAUUCAAUAUCUCUAUUGUAACAGUGAAUUAGUAGUGGUAAUCACUUGAAAUUUUGUUGUCUCUGCAAAUGCCACCCAUAAUGGUAAUUGCCUGUGUACCAGAAUGCAAGACUGAUAUUGUUAUAUAGAACAAAAGAAAUAUUUUUUUA